AUGCCGUUGCAUCAACCACGCUUGGCAUGUUACGACCACGAAAGCACAGAAUCCUUCCCAGCCACUUGGCUCGUUAUCGGGGGGGUGCCCUUCCCUCUACCACCUCGAGACCGAUCAGAUAGCGGAAGAGUGCGGAGAAUCCUUCAUAUGGCAGUCUCGAAGCUGCUGCUCCUUCUGACCUUGUGCUGUAGAUCUUUGUGCCUUGUUCCGAAGGCCAAGGAUGGUAGCUCGAAGAUAGACACGGUUUCGCCGGAUGCCCUCAAAGCGGGCAGGAAGUACCUCAUCUCGUCCUUUCCGGCGCUGAAACAAGUGGGCUACACAAUCCUUCCAGACACGGUUUGGCGACCCUUAGUUCUAGGCGAGGUGCAGAGUCCCACUUCGAUUGCAGUUGAUCCUUUGUCCUCCAGAUUGUAUGUGGCAGAUCCACCACGAGGUGUGAUUUGGUGGUAUCAGCUGGGCACAGGGAGCAACGGAUUGCUGCAAACAGUCGGACGACAACGCGCAGCUGUUGAAGGCUUCAGCGCGCAUUGGUUGGCUGUCAAUGGUGCCGGUGACCUCUACUUCAGUGGGCAUCCUCUUCCGAAGGCCGGGGAGAACUCCACUGUCGAUUCAGUUUGGCGGCUUGACAACGAGCAGGUCGUCACUGGAGACUCCUUCAACCCAGCAGAGGUCUACACCACCCAGAACACGGGACAACCAGAUUCCAAGGUGUUCCAGCUCUCCGGUCUGGCCGUUGAUUCCUUCUUCAUCUUCUGGGGAAACCAGGCUGGUGGCAAAGAGCAUGGCGCCGUGAACAAAGGAACACGGGCGAACAUCGGCAUGUCGUCACAGGAUAUGUUCGUGUCAACUCUUACCGACUCUGUGGAUGAAGUUCGAGGCAUUACCACCUCUGGUACUGAAGUCUUCUGGCUAUCGCCAGAAGGGGUCUAUGGACAAAGCAAGACGACAACAAGCAAGGUCUCGGACCCUUCGGCUGGCCUCAUAUCUCCAGCCAUCUCACUGCAGUGGAACCCCAUGAGCAUAGCUUGGGAUGGUGCAACCCAACUUUACUUGACGGACGCCUCGGCCGGAGCUAUCUAUACGGUUCCGUCACUGAUCUCAACGACGCAGAACUUGACUAAAUUUGCCGAUGCACCGGACUGUCACGGACUGGCUAUUCUGUUGAGCGCACGAGGCCUGCCCCUUAAUUGCUCGCGGUUGCAAGUGGGCAAGUCGUCAAGUCACAGCCACCGUCUCCUACGCAGGACUAUGUAUCAGACAGUGAUGCGUGAUAAUGAUUGA